AUGCCUAACCCAUCUAAGUACCAAGAGCUGAACAUCCCUCUUGAUACUGACGAAAGCUGGGAUGCAGACGACGAGGACUCUGGUUCAGAACGCACUUUGAAUGCUUUUGACUUUGCGCCGCUAUCGAUAGCACUAGGACCAAACCAUGAAUCUCGCCGCUUAUUUCGGUUCACAGUCCGCCGCGAAGAAGAUAAGUGCCUAAUUGCGUCGGGUAGGUCUGAUGGCUGGAUCGACGUCUCUCAUUUUCUCUGGACCAUGUGCGCUACACUUGCUGAUGCAGGCACCGAUCGCGAAUGGACGGCGACUUUCGAAAAGUGGAGACCCCAGUGGAAGAAAGUCCAGGCGCAAGUGAAGACAUUCGGAUUCACUCAGUUUUCCUCUGAGAUCCCUCCUGCACCUGUUGAUCUUGCGUUGGUCCAAUUCUUUGGGUCCACUCUUGACGAAUCAAUCAGGGAGUUUGAGAUUGAGCAAGAGGGCCCGGAUGCUGUCUCUGAUGGCCAGGAUAUCUGGACCCUCUGGCGACACAUUAUUGAGACGCCUGCGGAUCAGAUUAGAGAGUUCCAUGUCACCCUCAGAGGUACUGCGAGACUCGUUAGCUCUCAGUAG